AUGUAUGACUCUGAAAGUGCGACGUCUAGAUUUAUUGAGCUUAUUUCUCCAAUUUCCCGUAAUCAUUCGACCGAAGUCUCUCCUACUCCCCCCUCAGAUGCCUCACUCCUUCAAAGAACCCCCUUGACUGACUUUGGCCGUGCAAUUGCUGCCUUUGAUACUCCACCACUGAUGGCUGCCCCCGAGAGCCGUAGUUCAGCUUCGGCUCGUUCUGCUUCUGAAGAGAUCUCCUCCACGUUUGACCGAGUCUCCACACCUACUGAUAUUCAAACUGCAGCUUUGAAACAAUCGGGCUAUCGGAUCCGUCACUCAAAAGAAACCGCUCACUUUCGGACAGCUCCCUGGAGCAAGAUAGAUCCCAUCGUUGAGGAUUUCCCGAAGUCUCCCACAUCACCCGGGCAAACUCUUAGCCUGGUCAGUCUCACCGAAAACGAAUUGCUGGGUGAAACUGGCGAGGAGAAUCUAGAGCAAGCUUCCCCCACAACUCAAGAACUAACCCCCGAAGAAGCUGAUAUCGAGUUCGACCGCCGUUUGAGCCAACCUGGAUUUGCGCAUCCUCUCGUCCUCAUCGAGUGGUAUUACACAGGCCACACCUGGGAUGAUAUUUCUCGUGAUAUGGAGCAACUUCAGUUGCAGCUUUCGUCUCAUAACAUCAUUGCACCUGAUGGCAUCCUAUCGCGACAGGCUCGUUUCCUCCAGGAGAUAAUGCAUCCGGAGGAACAGACAUUGUCAAUCGAGGGGCUCUAUGCUGCCCAAGGUCUAUCCUUUCCUUUUAGCCAACGCACUCGCACUCCUCGCACUCCUCGCACCCCCCGCACCCCCCGCACAGGGAUCGAGUCUCCUUCCUUAACCAGGGCUCUAGAAAAUGCACUGUCCUCUCUAUUUGAUGUUCCCGAAGAACCAGCCUCUGAUAUCGAGGAAGACAGCGACGACGCAGUCGAUGCCACCAUCGACGUGGACCUCCCCGGACAGAACAAAGACCUUACAGCCACUCCCAGCUCGACGAGAUCCUCUAAUAAAUGGCAAUGGCCAAAGCGAGAAUCUGCUAUUCCUUCCCCGAGCAAUACAGAUGGGGAGUAUGACAGGACUUUCCAUUUACAACAGUUGAAGCCGUUACCCGAGUUUCGGAGACUGCGAUCCCUCAAGCUUACGGAGAUGGUUGAAAGUCACCAGCCGGACAUAUGGCUAGCUGUUUGGGUUAAUUUCAACCUUGAGACACUUGUACUGGAAAUGAAGAAUCGGCCACGGUGCAAGACACAAAUUGGCAGCACGAUUUGCGUCAACAUCGGGCCGGGAUGGGUGCGGAGCCACCAGUUCGAGGGAAAGGAGGUUUACCUUGGCAAUGGAAACGGCCGUUUGCAUUACAAGAACGGUGGCGGCGAAUACCUCGACAAGAUGGUCAUGGAGAAGGCCAAAGUCCGCGCAAUGGCUAUGGGUUACUUCCGGCGGCGCCUACCGGUCAAGCACCUGGUGUUGUCUGGGUUCGUGGUGGAUAGCGGCCCGUUCACCUCGUGGUUUGGAGGGUGCCUACGAACCAUCCACUUCAGGAAGAACUGUGUGGAUGCCGGGUGGUGGCUCCCCCACCACCUGGCGGGGAUCUGUGGCGUGCGCCACAGUGACUCGGGGAACUGGGAGGUGUUGUGUGUGCCCGGUGGGCUCGAUGAAGGAGACGCUGCUGCGGUGAGAAGUGGACGGGGGGCCAGUGAGGAGGAAGAUGAGGAGGAGGAGGAGGAGGAGGAGGAGGAGGACGUUGAUGUUCUCGGCAAGCCUUCGGGCUUGGCCGUGGAGGCAUUCUGGGAGUCGUCACUUCACCUCUGA